AUUAUUACUAGUGACUGACGUCAGUCUUGACUAAACCUUGACCAAGGCCAUCAGCAAGGAGACGAAGCAAUCGUCCCUCUCGAACACCCCCGGCAUAUCCAACGAGCCAAGAGCCCGCUUCAACGAUACUACACGAUCGUAGAAAGAGCUAAGCAAUCUGGUGUCAUCAGCUGCAAGGAUGCUUUGCGAGCUCAAGGCAAGGAUGUGUUUAGUUCCGCGAGUAUCAGUGGUAUUCUUGGUCUAUGCUACCCUUUUUCCAGGUUUUUGUUCCGCCUUUAUCAUUGGAACAUUCGACCCUUCUACUACUGGUGUUGGUGCUUCUGCUUCUGCGUUGUAUUCACUUGGACACGAUUAUCUGGGCAGUCUGAGCCAAGCGCCCUCUGCAGAUGCAUCCCUGACGGCACCUUUGCAAACCCACCUCGACCGCCACUCUGCCCCACUUACGUCCAGUGGCAGUGCCUGGGAUGAUUUGCCACCGACUGAUUCUUCCACGACGGCAUCCGACCGUUCCGAAUCCAUUUCGGGAGUAUCCUACCAAAAAGUAGCGGAAGGUUUGGAUGUCCUGUACCCUCCCACCGAAUUGGCAGCCCGGAAUGCCAAGAGUCGGACCGACGGCUACUGGCCCUUUCUCAAGGGGGCGGACAGUGAACCCCCCGUGGAAUUCACGUACGGAGAAUUCGAUGCACUCUUUUUUGCCCAAUUGCUGGAUCAAGCCGCUUCCUUCUUCGUAUCAUCAUCGACAACCUAUGACGGAAAGAUUGUCGCCGACAUUGGAAGUGGAGCCGGUCGGUUAGUCCUUGGAGCCGCCGCGCUGCAUCCACGUCUUGCCAAAUGCAUUGGAAUCGAAAUUCUGCCGGGCAUUCAUGAAAUGGCAUUGGAAAACGUCGCCCAAUGUCAGAAACAACAACAGCAAGAGCAACAAGGACUGCUGCCACCCCACAACCUGCCAUUGGCACCCAUCGAGUUGGUGUGUGCCAGCAUUUCCGAUCCCACCUUGGACAUUUCACAAGUUGACGUCUUUUUCAUUGCCAGUACAUGCAUGCCUGAGUCCGUCUUGGUGGAGAUUGCUCAUGCCAUUGGAUGCCAGUGUCGGGUGGGCACAUUGGUCAUGAGCACGGAUUAUGAACUCCUCACGGAACGAACCUUUUGUGAGAGAACGAACAAAUACUUUCAGUUGGAAAAGUUGUCUCAAACCGAUGGCUACUGUUGGAUCGUCGGGGGCGUCUCGACAGCAUUCACCUAUCGACUGGAAGAGUCGGCCGCGUAGCUAUUAGACACUGGAACAAUCAGCGUGACGGAAAGAGGAUAUCCACUCGAAAUGCAACCGGGGGUUCCCAACAGGACAUGAGAUCAUGGCCAUGUUGUGGCUCUUCUGAUCAGACGCAGAGGCGGUACGAUCUCGACAACAUAUGCUACUCAUUAAAAGACUACUAGUUCCAACAGAACUGAUCACAACACGACGACACCAAUCAUUUAUCCAUACAGGAACAAGUCGUUCAUUUCCUUGACGGGCAACAAAGCGCCACCGCAAAUCCACGGCAAGGCCUCUACAUCCUCCACAGUAAUGUCACAUGACUUGUGAAGCUUCAACACCGACUGAAUCAUGCUGUUUCGAUCAGGCUGGCCCAACCGUGCAUACCACAUGUAGCAUUUUCGUUUCUUUUCCUUGUCCAACUCCUUCUUGGGCUUUUUCAAUGACUUAUUGCGCUUCACAGGAGCUCUCAUGGGUGCCAUUAGGGGCAUCGAAGCGGCAGCCAUCAAAGCUGCUUGUUGUCGCUUUAGUUCC